AUGGAAGGUGCGCAUUCGCUUAAUUUCCCCUUCAGUGUGUGUGUGUGUGUGUGUGCUCACUUUCAUUUCACAGGUUUACUAACCCUGUCAUUAUUGUUCCCAUUUUUCUUGACCUCGCCGUCGCUCACGUCUGUUGCUUUAGCAGUUGAUACAUCCCGCUCUGCUUGUCUACCGAGUUCCACUGGGGGUGGUGAAACGGGAAGGUGCGAGAAAAGCGCCACCAAGAGAGAAGGGCAAAAAGAAACAGCGUUUCUACAGGGAGGCGCCGAAGAAAUGCGGCGUCUUAUACUUGCCCAGACUCUGCGGGUGGCGGGUCGUCACUGCCCGCCAGUCGCCAUGUUUUUACAGAGGUUUUACAGGGGCCACGGAAUAAGUACAGCCCUUCCACUGCAUUACAGCAAGCGCCAUCGCAAGAGAGAAGGGCGGAUGUACGGUAAGCCUCUCCGUCCGGUAAGUGACGGGGAGAAUGGCGCAAGUGGUGACGGUGGUGUCUUGACGAGAUGGGAGGCGGUGGUGAGCUCUCGCCAUCAGUGCGAGUCCCCGGUUCAGACGUUAGCGAAAUCGGAGAAACCGAAGAAGGCAGAAAACACGGUAGCGGGGAAAAAGACGGGAUCAAGCCGCUUUUCCCACCGUCGCGACCAUUCGGCGUACCCUUCAGGUGUACAGCCUGCCCCUCUCGCAACGUCCGGUUUGCCCACGCAGUCGUCUGAGCGCCAACAACAGAAGCAGAUCGGGCAGCAACAAGUGCCAUUGGAUGCGUUGCACCGUCUUUUUAAGGUGCAUGCGGUUAUGCGAACCAAUUAUGAGGCGCUUGGAAAAUGCACAAAAGUGCUGAAGAGCUUUUCAACGGCGUGUGCCGAAGCACUUCUCCAACUCGGCGUGCUGCAAAAAGAGCAGCCAUCAGCUAUGGAAAGGAAAGGUUUUAUUUAUGUGCAGCUCUGUAAGUCAGGUGCCACAGAGGCCAGUAAAAAUGGGACAUCUUCUCCUUGUUUCGUCUUACCACCCGAAAGUCCACUUUACCGCACAACCAUCAAGUUUCCAACCAUCACAGUGGAGCACGUGCUGACGACAACGGUGUCGUCUGGUUGCGGUGCAAAAGAUUCUGGAGGGGAUAUUAUGUCUGUUGAUAUGGAAGGCGCCGCCCCGUUCCCUAUGGGACAUUGUGAGUCACGUCCCUCUACAUCCGCUGGAAAUGGAGUGACCGCGGAGUAUGACUGUGAAGGGGAUGUGUUGAGUCACGGGGCCGCGUGGAAUUCGAUCAUUGAAGGGUUCGGGCAGCUUGCUUUGAAUCUAAAACAAAAUGCCUCUGUAUCAGACUUUGCGCAGUUGGCGGAAACGCUGGCAUACUUCAAGUGGGUAAAGGAUGAAGAACAGGUAGGUUGGGGCACUGAAGAUUGCGUGGUGAAGAAGUUUCGUGAGGCGAUGGCAAAUGCCAAAGACACCUCUGCUUCUGGAAGCGAUCCGAACACGAGCGAUGUAAGCGCGGCCCUUGCGGCCAUUGCAGAGUCAUUUCUUAGGAAAAUUCCUCGCGUGGACUGUAUUGGCAGCGCGGUAGCGCACAGGGGAGGUGAACGGACUGCUCCCUCUGUUCACGCAAUUGACGUAAUGCUGAAUUUGGCGCUCCGCAUGUGUCUUUCCCAGUGGCACGCCAUGUCACACUUUGAAAGGAUGAAUAUUGUUCUGUUCUGCACAUAUCCAUGGUUCGCGGAGGACCUAAGCAUCGCAGCGGGUUUGUGCCUCACGCAGUCUUAUCUCCAGUCCCUUCUCCGCGCAGAUGCUGAUGUGACUUAUCAGCAUACGUUUCACUACGUACGGCGUGUCUCCCGCCUUUGCUGGCCCUGUAUACAUGACACGGACUCUGCCCCUGUUAAGAAACUUCUCUUCCCGAGAGACCCCCAAGGCACCGCUGUUUCUUCCCACGCUUUGGAAGCGGUCAGCGUCGAGGAGAAGGACAAUCAGUUGAAUCAAAAGGAGGGACUGCAAGGUGAGGAGCAAGCUACAACCACAUCCGAGUCAAAGCUAAUGUGGCUCCCCUCGUUCAAAGACGCCUCAUGCGUUUCGUACGGUUCUUCUAUGAAGCAACGUGCGGCUUAUGAGCUGCUGUUGUUAUGGAUGACGUGUGUAAAUCCAUCGGGCCUUCACCGUUCCUCCCCGCACGGUCGCUACGUGAGCGCCACUGGUAUCGCAAUUAUUGACGUCGAUCUCUUUGUCACACAGCGGUUUCGUACCGGCAAAUCGAAGGACGAAUGGUUACUGUUGCACCCGGUAGAAGGGGAUGUUGUGGCCUCCGUCACCAUUAGGACUAUGGUGCAACACUGUGAGACUCCCUAUACGCUGACGCGGCUUUUCUUCUGCAACUUCCACAGUGUCUUGCCCCACAUUUGGGGUGGAAUAGGUGCACGACGGAGAGAGAUCUUAUGGACAGCGUGGUGUCGGGCUGUUGCUCAGCCGCUUGUGAACACUCUCUCAGGUUCAGACGAGGGGCAGCGGGAGGACGAUGGGGGGAUGCAAACACUACAAAUCACAGUAGAUAACGCUGAUCGAACGCUGGAUUAUUUAAAACCCUUAAUAUCGGCUCUAACGUCCGACGAGUUGUUUCUGCGACUAAUAAUGCGUUGUGCGGAUAAGUCCUUAGAGGAGAUGGCCCGUGAGAUAGGAAGUGGCAACAACACCUUGCCCCUUAACAAGUGGUGCGCGCAACUUGCUGGGUUUGUAUACAGUGUUGCGCUUGCUUUGCAUUGCAGGGCCAAAAGGGAAGGAUGCAACCGAGAUGGGGGGCCAUCGAGACCGAAUACAGCGACUGAUUCCGCGAAUAAGAAAGUAGUAUCAGGUAAGCAGACGGAUAACCUCCCGAAAGGCACGCAGGAAGAUAUCUCUGACCUCCAACUGCAAUUCAAAGCAGCUGUAUCUGCGCUUUUGCGGAAGCUGAGUGCUGGGGAUACGCAGGUAGCUGAGCAGCUACUUCACCACUUUUACGAGCCACACUUCAGUGGUGAUCAGGAACGAGAGGUUGUUGAGGACAUCCAGAGGCAUCUUCAGCAGGUGUGUGAUUCUCAAUCUCGUGAUGCACUGCAUGCUUGGAUAGAAUGCAGCGCCAGGGCUUCGUGUGAGGCAACUGUGCCUCUCAAGGAGGAGUUGCUUUGCAAGUGGCAACGCACGGUGCUAGAGGCGGACGCUGGGUUACCAGUUGUGUUACCGACAAUUGUGGAGUGUUGUCGCGGCCUUGUCGGAUUGGUAAAAAAAAGGGGGCGAAACAUUUCCGGCAGGCGUCAAGGGCAACAGCGGGGAACAGAGAGUACUACUGUGGGUGAAGAGAGCUCAUGCAAGGAGGUGUUCUCAAAGGAAGAACUGCCGGUAGUAAUAACUGUACUUUCCCGUGCGAUGCUUAGUCGCACCUCCACGGUAAGCACUGUGGGCUUGACAAAAAUAUCGAGCGAGAUCAGUACACUUCUGUCAUCAUGUGGUUACGAAACGGCUGACGGCAACACGAGUGGAGGUGGCCGCAACGGCCGCGAGCUGUGCGACACUAACACAGCAACGAUUACUUCAGCAACCGCAGGGGAGCGUACGGUUGAACUGGAGUUAAUCUUAUCUGGCGAAAUUGACCAGAAAGCGGGGGAAUUACCUUGGAUCACCAUUCUCGAAGCUGUGCAACUACAGCUGGUGCCGUACACCGUUGUUAAAAACCUGCUAACGUCCUUCAAGGGUGGGUGCGACAACGGCAAAGAGCGUCUCCGGUGGCAGGAGCUGCAGAGGGACUUUCAACGGAAACGGCACCAUCGCCUUGUGGGGAACACCUUGGUGUUUCGGUGGUACGGUUGUGCUGUACCUAAUGAUGAGGGUUGGGAAGACGGAUCUGGCCUCAUGCGUCCAAUGGCGGAGGACCGCGAUAAUGUGCACAGCGCCAGUCACCAAGGCCGUACUUCUACCGAGUUGGGGGCCUUCACGCGGCGUUUGCUCAAAACACUUGCCCGCGCUGAGGUGACUCGUCUCAACGACAGGAAGGAAAUAACUACCCAAACAUUCGUCGUGGGCCCGAGUGAUGACAGUGCCACACGUCACCCCACCCCAGGGCAGGAGGAAGAUGCCAGUCUCCACCGUUUAGAUCUUCUCUUCAGGGUUCAUACGCUGGCUGCACACAUACUUAUGACAGCUAGUACGAAGAAACCGCACAUGAUCCAUGAGCUGUAUGAUACGCUCUUACACCUUGUUGAGAAGGUGAUGCCAACUACUCCCAAUGCUCUCGGCAACGCCAGUGAUUUGUUGCUCUUGUGGUUAGUUGGUAGUGCGGUUGCAGUGGGAUUGCGUUUCCGGCCUAACUUUCUCAUUAAGUGGCCAUCAGCUCCAGAAGUGUCAUCAGGUAACCUGAAAAGUUGCCCGUCCGCUGAAGAAAAAACUGUACACAUCUUGCGCGACAUUGAGCCAUAUCUGCAAAGUGAGUUGCUUCGGCCUACAGUGCGCCUACGGUUUGUCAUUAAUGUGUUAGUGGCUCUUCGCAGUCUUGAGUUGUUGGGAGCUCGCAUCGACGUAGAAGGUCUGCACAUGGAUCAACUGUUGAUCAGGGCGAGCGCUGACCGCAGGCUGCUGAGCCGCCACGUGAACCUGUUCCUUAUUGGUUGCUCCGCCUUACAAAGCACACAGUCUUCGAUUUUGCAUACUGCUCUCCACCUGCGCGAGGCGAAGUAUAACUUAUCCUUCGCGGAGAUCGAGCGAGCUUUCGUUGCGAUUGCUCUGUCAGCUGAUACGUUUGCCAGGCAGCAUGAGGCCCUAAUGGAGCAAAACUACCAACAGCAGCAAAACCGUACACUCUCAGUCGCAGUUGCAGCCAACAACACGACCCCUGCGCUCCGUGUGUCACCCGUCCAACUCAGGCACGCUUGGAGUGCACUGGGGCGGCGCGUGUUGGAGAAUGCCGGAGAAUCACCGACGGAUCUGUUUGUGCGUGGGCUGCAGUGCGCUGCGGCGGUUGGGUGCAUUGACUCGGCUCUGUAUCAACAGCUUCUUUCGUACGUGGUGGAGUUUCGCUGGAAAGAUCUUCAUAUAUUAGACUGGGUGAUGAUACUGAGGACGGUGCGGCAAUCCUUUGAAAACAGACGCAACCUAGAGGCGUACUUGAAGGAACCACUGCAGGCAUUUAUGUUGACGAUGACAGUCAGUGGGGACAACAGCACGGAGCAAUCAGUUCAGAAGGUCAACCUCAAGAAUCACGAGGGUGAGCAGCUGCUGGAGGGGCUUUGCCUUUUCGCUGAAGCUCUUCCAGGUUUGUUUAUAGGUGACAGGGAACUCUGGGGACUUUUGUGGCAAGCUCUUGGUUCCCAGUGGUCGGCGUGUUUUAAUGCUGCCAGCAAUAUUGAGGAACAACAACGCAUCACGGCAUGGCUGCAGGAGAUUAACGCAAGCUACGCCUGGGCUGCACGGGCAGCUGGGUUCCGUGGCUUGGAUGAGCCCACCGCCUUGUGA